AUGCGCCAGCAAAAGUCUGGGAUCCCCACCAUGGGGGUGAAUGCAGGUGCAAAGGCCGGAUUGGACGCCCUUACCAAGAUCCUUGCCAAGGAAGUUGCCCCGUUCAACAUCCGCACCCUCACUGUCGUUCUCGGAACCUUCAACGCCAACAUGCCCAACUCGGUGGUUCUAGACAAGACUCCACCACCAGAGGACUAUAAAGAGUCUUUUGCCGAGCAGAUUCAAGAUCUUCUGGUCAGUGGGAAGAUCAAACCCAACGCUGACACGGAAAAAGCCAUGCAGUUUGUGUACCAGGUUGUUGAUGGAGAGGGAAUUGGUGAGGGUCAUCAAAUGGAGAAGCUUCUUCCACUGCGGAGAGGGGUUCAGGAAUAUCUCGGGCAUGCUUUGGAAGUGUUUGGAUGGGCCAACGAGGUGAUGAGCUCGCAGGUGCUUUUCCGAUGGACGAAUGGGCACGAAGACAAGACACCCUUUCAAGGUUGGAACGUGGGAUGA